UUUGAUAUGGACAAGAGUAUUUAUACAUUCUUAACUAUACACCGUUGGGAGUGCCUUAAUCGCAUGAAUUAUAGGUUAGGUUCUCUUAGACCUGUUCAUGGAGUCUUAGCUUUGAAAUUCCUCAAUUGGGUCAUCAAACAACCUAAUUUGGAGAUCAAUCAUUUAACUCAUAUCAUUUCCACUACUACCCAUAUACUUGUUAGAGCUAGAAUGUACAGUUUUGCCAAAACAACAUUGAAACAUAUGUUGCAUCUGCCUAUUGGUUUCAACAAUGUUUUUGCUGCUUUGAUGGAGACAUACCCUUUUUGUCAUUCAAAUCCUGCUGUUUUUGACCUACUCAUUAGGGUUUGUUUAAGGGAGAACAUGGUUGGAGAUGCUGUAAAGACUUUUCACUUGAUGGGUUCUCGAGGGUUUAACCCUUCUGUGUACACCUGUAACAUGGUGCUAGGUUCAUUGGUAAAAGACCACAAAGUUGAUUUCUUUUGGUCCUUUUUCAAAGAAAUGCUUGCCAACGGGAUUUCUCCUAAUGUUGCCACAUUCAACAUAUUGUUGAAUGCUUUGUGUGGACGUAGCAAGUUUAAAAGCGCUGCAUUUCUCUUGAGGAAAAUGGAAGAAACCGGUCAUUUUCCAACUGCGGUCACUUACAAUACUUUGCUUAAUUGGUAUUGCAAGAAAGGAAGAUAUAAGGAAGCUUCUGAGCUUAUUGACUCCAUGUUAUCUAAGGGUAUUUCGGCCGAUGUUUGUACAUAUAAUAUGUUGAUAGAUAGUUUGUGCAGAAAAGGUAGGAGUGCAAAAGGUUAUUUAAUAUUGAAAAGGAUGAGGAAGAGUAUAGUGUAUCCUAAUGUGAUCACAUAUAAUACUCUUAUUAAUGGAUUUGUUAAGGAGGGGAAGAUUGGAGUUGCUACAAAAGUUUUUGAGGAGAUGUCGUCAUGUAACUUGUCACCAAACAAUAUUACUUACAAUACUUUGCUUUUCGGUCACUGUAGCAAUGGCAACAUUGAUGAAGCCUUGAGACUUUUUGAUGUGAUGGUUUCACAUGGUUUGAAACCUAAUGAAGUGACAUACGGGGCUCUUUUAAAUGGGAUAUCCAAGCAUGCUGAAUUUGGAUUGGUUUCCUCUAUUCUCGAGAGAAUGAGGAUGAGUGGUGUGAUAGUUAAUCAUAUUAGUUAUACAACAAUGAUCGAUGGAUUGUGUAAGAAUGGCCUGCUUGAAGAAGCUGUACAGUUGCUGGAGGAUAUGCUAAAAGCUUCUGUCAAUCCCGAUGUUGUUACAUUUUCGGUACUCAUUAAUGGAUUUCUUAGGGCGGGGAAGAUAAAUAAUGCAAAGGAGAUAAUGUGUAAAAUGUACAAAGCGGGACUUGCGCCAAACAACACUUUGUAUUCAACAUUGAUCUACAACUGCUGCAAGAUGGGAAACCUAAACGAGGCUUUAAAUGCUUAUGCAGUUAUGAACCACCAUGGUCAUGUUUCAGAUCACUUUACAUGUAAUGCGUUGGUUGCCACUUUUUGUAGAUCCAAAAGACUUGAAGAAGCCGAGUAUUUUAUGGACCACAUGAGCAGGAUGGGUCUCGAUCCUGAGUCUGUUACUUUUGAUUGCAUUAUAGAUAGUUAUGGAAAUUCUGGUGACGCAUUAAAAGCGUUCGUUAUGUUUGAUAAAAUGAAUAGUCUAGGCCAUUUACCAAGUCAGUUCACGCACGAGGGUCUAUUGAAAGGACUUCUUAUUGGCGGACAUAUUAAUGAAGCCAAAAUAUAUCUGCGUAGACUUAGUAACAUUUCUUAUGCCAUUGGUAGUCUUUUCUACAACACGAUGCUUACUUUGACAUCAAGAUCAGGAAAUUUAUCGAAUGCAGUUACCCUUCUCGAUGAAAUGGUUAUGAAUAAUUUUGUGCCUGACGGCUUUACGUACACCAGUCUUAUUGCAGGACUAUGCCGGAAGGGUAAAAUGGUCCCUGCACUUCUUCUGUCAGGAAGGGCAAUUGAAAAAGGAUUAUUAUCUCCAAAUCCUGCUAUGUACACUAGUUUAGUUGAUGGUCUUCUUAAGGAAGGACAUUCAAAAGUUGCUUUAUAUAUUUUUGAAGAUAUGUUGAACAAAGGUGUUCUCCCUGAUACUACUGCAUUCAAUGUUCUCUUGGAUCGAUACUCACGGAAGGGAGAAAUGUCGAAGGUAAAUGAUAUCCUUUCAACAAUGAGGAGUAGAAGUUUAAGCUUCAACUUGGCUACUUACAACAUUCUGUUGCAUGGAUAUUCAAAGAGGCAUGACAUGGCAAGAUGUUCUCAGUUAUACAAUAAGAUGGUCGGACAUGGUUGUGCGCCUGAUAAGUUAACAUGGCACUCUCUUAUUCUUGGAUAUUCUAAAUCUAGAUCAUUAGAUGUCGCUGUAAAACUUCUAAGAAAGAUAACAGUUGAAGGUUUCAAAGCUGAUUGUUUUAUGUUAAACGUGCUUGUUAGUAAGUUCUGUGAACAAAAUGAGAUAAAAACGGCAUUCGAUCUGGUAAAACAAAUGAGUAUGUUAGGAGUUACUCCUAAUGUUGAUACAUACAAUGCCCUUUUUAAUGGAUUUAUUAGAGCUCAUGCUUUUGAUGAAGCUCAUUGUAUUUUGCAUGCCUUGUUGGAAAAUAGUUAUGCUCCUACAUGUAAACAAUUUACCUCGUUAAUUAAGGGCAUGUGUAAAAUGGGAAAUAUAAAAGGAGCAAUGGAGCUGCAACAUGAGAUGAAAACACUCGGGGUCGGCUCCCAAGGUGUUGCUAUGAGCGCUAUUAUUAGAGGCCUUGCACGUUCAAGGAAAACUGACAAUGCUGUUCACGUUCUUGAUAUCAUGCUUGAGAUGCGAAUCAUCCCAACUGUUGCUACUUUCACGACAUUAAUGCACACCUAUUUCAAAGAAGCUAAUGUUGCCAAGGCAUUGGAAUUGAGGAGUGUAAUGGAACAGUGUCAUGUGAAGCUUGAUGUUGCUGCAUACAACGUUCUUAUAUCUGGCCUUUGUGCCAAUGGUGAUGUUCAAGCUGCUUUUAAACUUUAUGAAGAGAUGAAACUAAGAGAUCUUUGGCCUAAUACCUCUAUAUACAUAGUUCUUAUCGAUUCAUUUUGUGCCGGAAAUUAUCACGUUGAAAGCGAAGAGCUGUUGAGGGAUUUACAGACCAAGGAAUUGAUGUCUUUAGAUUUGUGUGGAGGCACUGAAAGACUGAAAGAACUAUUGAUGAUUGCAAGGAAAGAAUUAAUUCGUACGAGGUACAAAACAAGAAGAAAAUAUGGAAGACCACUGGUCGUGUCUCCAGAGGAAAACUAAAUGCGACAAAUACUACCUCAAAUUGAAAAAGGAGGCACGAAACAGAUGGUGUGACAUACUCCAAUCCUGCCAAGGUUUUGAAAAUUUCAAAUAAGGGUGCAAAUCUGGGAGCUAGCAAACAAGUUACUGUGGCACGGAGUGGUGAAUCCAAGUCAUCAGAUUUAUGUCCUAGAUCUAAUGAAUGUGCAUGGAUUCUGAAAAUAAUUCAUCUCAGUGUCAAAUGGUAAGGGUCUUUUUGCAAGAACAAAUAGGGUGAAAUUGCGUAACCUUCUUGCAGCAGCCGUAAGUGCCGAUAUUUUGAAAGUCCCUCAGUUGAAGGCACACACUUACGUUUUCAAAGGAGCAAAAUGCACGACCGGGUCUUGUUGUUCAACUUUGAGUAUAUCAGGUUUUGUCAAGAAAAGUCAUUGAUGCAAUUAUUGUUUUGCAGGAGAUUUUGAGAGAGUGCACUUCACUUGUUCACCAAACAUAGGAGAGAUUCAAGUUCAUGGAUUAAUGGUGAGGCGUAAAUCAUGCUUCUACUACCUGCCUGAUUCCUUUCUUAUGAAGAAUAUUUUCCCAAGGAUGAUAGAAACAUGGUUUCUUCAUGUUGAAGUAAGGCCUUUAAAAUGUUUGCAAGUUCCAUGUUUACCCUAUGAUGUGGCUAAGGAACAUAAAGAAAUUUUACAUUCAGAUUCUGCUUGUGCUGUAAAUAUGCACAAUGCGGCCAGGCUUGCACCAUCUCAGCAGGUAUGGUAGGAGUGGUGUGUUACAUCUCCUUGUUCAUCUCUAAUUCAGAAUACUGAUGGCAGCUCAUACUGGAUGGAUCUUUAAUAGACUACGCCAUACAGUCCUCAUACUGAUAUUUCAUGGUUAGCUUAAGAUCAAAUCAUUUUUGCUUGAGUUAGUUUUAUCAUUCCUCUUAAACAAAACCUAUCGAGGAAUGCUCUGAAGAUUGCUCCAAUUAUCAUUGAUUGUGUAACUUUAACUUUGCUUCAGUUAGUUUUAUUAGAAGAAAUAGGAACUUAGAAGCUCAUAGUCUAGUAGGAGUUGCUUUGUCUUGUGGCUCAAAAAUUUGGUUGGGUGAUCAUCUUACUAUCUAAAGGAUACUUUCAAUCUACUUUUUUCAACUCUCUUCACAAAAUCCAUUGGAAAUUCAUUCAUUUACAGAUA